CUGCUCUCCAGACUGCUAGUCCAGUGCUGAAAUCACUGCCCCACACUGGCUCAUAGUUUAGUGGUUAGUUUUGAAUAUAACAUUUGCUGAAACAUGUUGAAGUGGCUCUUCUUUCCUGAGACGUAGACGGUGGCACACCUAGCCUAUUUGACACCCUGUGGGGCUCAUUUUUUAACACUCUGCUCCUGUGCCUUUUCCAGUGUGGCAGAGCUGCUAGCCAGGCAGGAAAGGGUAGAGACUCACUUUUCCACCCUAGCCAACAGAACUGCCAGACCUGAAAGCCUGUGGAUAUAUAUCCCACAUAUGCUGUGCAUGAUCUUGGUUGCUGUUUUCAUUUUCUGUCUUGGUAGCCAAAAUAGUCGGGUCAAGUCUUGAUGAUCAAGCUGUGCAAAUGUUACAUAUUCCUAAAGACAAAUACUGCUUUUUUACUGUUGAUGAGAGUCGUUGGUGACAGAUCAUCAGUAUAUUUCUUUGGAAGUUCUUCAUUGGCUAUAAUUUGUGCUUAAGACAUCAGAUCCAAUUACUGUUGCUAUUGAGUGCUCUCUCUCUUUCUCUCCCCCCCCCCCCCCUUUCGAUAUAUAUAAUUCCCUUUCUGUUUUUGUGGCCAGAUGGAAGGAUUGGAAAGAAGCAGUAAGCUUGGUCCACCAGCUUCUAGUAACAUGGAACAGCCAAUCACUGUGAGUUCCUUGAAAAGGCUAGCAGCUGUACCUGAUCACACAGAUGUUUCACUGGGCCCAGAAGAGCGUGUACGUGCCUUAAGCAAGCUCGGUUGUAACAUCACAAUAAAUGAAGACAUUACACCACGACGCUACUUUAGAUCUGGAGUGGAAAUGGAGCGCAUGGCAUCUGUAUAUAUGGAAGAGGGGAAUCUUGAAAAUGCCUUUGUUCUCUACAAUAAGUUUAUAACUUUGUUUGUAGAAAAGCUGCCCUCUCAUCGAGACUACCAGCAAUGUGCAGUUCCAGAAAAACAGGAUAUUAUGAAGAAAUUGAAAGACAUAGCAUUUCCAAGGACAGAUGAGCUAAAGAAGGGCUUGUUAAAGAAAUACAAUGCAGAAUACCAGGAAUAUAUGCAAGACAAGAACAAAUGCAAAGCUGAAUUAGUAAAGAAGCUAGAGCAACAGAAAUUGAUUGAAGCAGAGAAGAAACGGGUUGCACAGAUACGUCAACAACAGCUGGAAACAGAACAAUUUCAGUUUUUUGAAGAUCAGCUAAAGAAGCAAGAGUUAGCCCGUGAUCAGAAAAUUAAGGACAGUCCAGCUACAUCUGAGCAGACUGAUGGGAGCAUGUUGUCAUCAUGCAUUUCUGCACAUCUGAACAAUUCUUUCCCCACAACAAUAGCAAACAAGAGUGAUGCCUCUCCUGGACAGUCUCCUCCUAUAAGUCGGGCCUUAAAGCCAGCCGCUACACUGAGUGCUGUUCAGAAUAAUGUGGCUGAAGGGCUACGAAGUGUGGUUCUGCCAAGGGAUCUUUGUCACAAAUUUCUGCUGCUGGCAGAGGCAAAUACAGUAAGAGGAAUAGAGACAUGUGGGAUUCUCUGUGGAAAACUGACUCAUAAUGAAUUCACUAUUACUCAUGUGAUAGUGCCAAAACAAUCUGCUGGGCCAGAUUAUUGUGACAUGGAGAAUGUGGAAGAGUUAUUCAGCGUACAAGAUCAGCAUGAUCUCCUCACACUGGGCUGGAUCCAUACACAUCCAACACAGACUGCAUUCUUAUCCAGUGUUGAUCUUCACACACAUUGUUCUUAUCAGCUAAUGCUACCAGAGGCUAUUGCAAUUGUUUGUUCACCAAAACAUAAUGACACAGGAGUCUUCCGACUUACUAAUGCUGGCAUGUUGGAAGUUUCUGCUUGUAAGAAGAAGGGCUUUCAUCCCCAUACCAAGGAGCCUAGGCUGUUUAAUAUAUGUAAGCAUGUCAUUGGGAAAGAUGUAAACAUAACUGUUUUGGAUCUGAGGUGAUACACAUGGACGGAAAAAAGCUUUCCAGAAACCAAACGCUCAGUGGAGUUCGUGGCUGCCAGAUUUUUCCUAGUGUUUUCCAAAUGUUAUUGACAUUUUAUAUUUAUACAUUUUAGAUUUAAUAGUUUGAUAUUUAUUACCCUUUCCCAUUUUGAGAUUAUUUUGUUGUUCUGUCAAAAUAAAGUUCACAGUGGCAUUCUAUCAGGAUAUGUUAUUAUACUGGAAUACUAUGAAAAUAAAAUGAACUUGAAA